UACUGAUUGGUUGGUGAAAUCAACUGGUGGUUCAAUCUGCUGUCUAAAUCAUGCAUGUACCUCGGAGGAGGAUAUAACAAAACGUGCUGACAUGAUGUAUCUUGGAUAUCGGAUAGUGUUGAAACGAAUAACACACUGGUGAUGGUGGCCAUCAGUAGAUCAACCUCCACAUCCUCCAAGACCAACGGCCAUGUUUGCAGCUACCAGCAACCAGACUGGGAUGACGUGCUGCAUGUACCCAAACUCAGCUUCUCCGUGGCAUCCGUCCUCGUCUUCUGUCUGGCGGUGCUGUGCUUCGCGAACACCAUCAAUGGGGAUUUUGUAUACGAUGACAUUUCGGCCAUUACUACCAACAAAGACGUGCUUCCCGAAAUCCCCCCUUCCGCCCUCUUUGCUCAUGACUUUUGGGGAAAGGCGAUGGACAACAGAAGCCACAAAUCUUACAGGCCUCUCACUGUGAUGACCUUCAGGUGGAACUAUGCAUGGGCUGAUGGGCUUCAUCCUCGGGGCUUCCAUGUUGUCAACAUCGUCCUGCACGGCUUGGUGUCGGUCAUCUUCCUGGCAGUAUUCUCUGUCCUCAUGUCUGGUUACCAGGUGGACCAGGAAUCUGCCAGGCCUGUGUUUGCCUCGCCCCGAGCUGCCCUCCUCUGUUCUGUGUUGUUUGCUGUGCAUCCCAUUCACACCGAGAGUGUAGCAGGGGUCGUGGGUCGGGCUGACCUGCUGUGUGCCUUGACCUUCCUUCUAUCAUUCCUGCUGUACGCCAGGGCCUGCCUCUCGCCUUCAUGCUUGGUCAGCUACCGUCCCAAGUCUUUCUCCCUGGUGUCUAUACUGGCCAGUAUGUGUCUGUGUGUCGUAUCAUGGAUCUUUCUGAUUUCAGCUUCAUGCUCGGUCAGCUACCGCCCCGAGUCCUUCUCCCUGGUGUUUAUACUGGCCAGUAUGUGUCUGUGUGUCGUGUCCACCUUCUGUAAGGAGCAGGGCAUCACUGUCAUAGGCAUUUGCAGUGUGUUCGACAUCGUCACAGUGUGUAGACUUCACCCUCUCCAGUGUCUGGCAAUAAAGAAAUCAAAGACGUGUACUGAUAAUGGUCAUUGCGAAUUUAACAAUAACCAUGUUGGACAUACGCUGGAGAUACCGCUCUGGGUAAAAGGUCUCAUCACCCGCCAUCUGAUAUUGUUCGUAACUGGUGUGUCCAUCCUCAUCACUCGCCUUUGGAUAAUGGGAUCAACACCACCUACAUUCCGUCAAGACGAAAAUCCACAUUCCUUUUUUGGCGGUAUUCUGUACAGGGUUCUGAACUACAACUACCUUUAUGCAAUCAAUUCUUGGCUGCUUUUAAAUCCAUGGUGGCUGUGUUUUGAUUGGUCGAUGGGCAGUAUACCUGUCAUCACCUCAUUGGCCGAUCCAAGAAUACUGGCAGACAUAGGUCUUUGGGCUGUCUUUGGUGCUUUAGUCUUCCAGUGUUGCCGUGGAGGCCUUACCAGAGAUAACAGGAUCCUGAUAACGUCCAUGGCGGUGUUGGGCGUUCCCUUCCUGCCAGCCAGCAACCUGUUUUUCCGUGUGGGCUUCGUGAUCGCAGAGAGGAUUCUGUACCUGUCCUGUGCUGGCUUCUGUAUGUUGGUGGUGCUCGGGGCCAGACAGAUUUGUCAUAAAUGUCAACCAAACUCCACUGCUAAGAUGAUGGCCUCUGCUGGUUUCACAUUUGUAAUCGUAACGUUUGUUCUUCGAUCAAUACAGAGAAGCGGCGACUGGAAGGUAGCAAAGGAUCUGUACCAAUCAGGGGUCAGUGUUUGUCCUCUGAAUGCUAAAAUUCAGUUCAACAUAGCCAAGCUUGAGGAACAGACCAACCCAGAAUAUGCCAUAGAGAAAUACAGACUAGCUCUCAAACUAAACCCUGAAUAUGCAUAUGCAAUGAACAACCUGGCCAUCAUCCUGAAGGAGAGAGGGGAUCUUGGGGAGGCAGAGAGGCUGCUAGAGGAUGCUGUCAGUGUCAGGGCAGACUUUGCGGCAGCUUGGACAAACCUCGGUGUAGUGCGGGCAGCACUGAAGAAAACUGAGACGGCUGAGGCCAGUUAUCUCGAAGCUAUUCGACACGAAAGAAAACAUUCGAAAGCCCACUUUAACCUUGGAAACUUGUACCGGGACACAGGGCGCCCCAUCGAGGCUCUGAGUGCGUGGAGAGAAGCUGUUGAGUAUACACCAACGUGCGCUAGUGCUUGGAGAAACACUGUACUUCUUUUACACCAACUUGGGAGGCAAAACGUGGCAAUAGCAACUGGCCAGCAAGCUCUCAAGGUGGUGAAGAACGACCCCAAACUGAUGUUGAUUCUGGCCAACAUCUAUCUACAGGCACUUCGGUUUCCAGAAAGUGAAAGACUCUUUCUUGAUGCAAUCAAACUAGACCAGCAAAACGUCAUGCUGUAUAAAAAUUUAGGUGUGCUUUACCAGCAAUGGGGGAAGAAUGCGAAAGCCAACGCAGUAUACCGGAAAGUCGAACUUCUAGCAUCCAGGAAACAGUAAUAGUCAGAUCCGAUGCCAGAAUGUCUCAAAAACUAUUUGCCUGGGCUGUGCUUCACUUCACUUGGAAAAUGUGUAGAAAGAAACGUUGUUCGAAAUAUCUGUGAAUAAAAUAUUUAUAGGAACCAAUUUGUCCAAUGAAACUGC